UUUUAAAUUUUAGAGAUGGAAUUUUAGAAGAUGCAUGCCACAUUUUAAGAUCUGGUAACAAUCAAGGAGACUGUUGAUGUUUAUUAAGCUUUAAACUAGUUAGUUACGAACUUCCUCUUAAAUAAUUCAGCCUUUAAGAGGACCAAUGGAUUAGUACUAUUUAAGCAAAAUGACACGGGAUGUUUUUAUUGAAGACAAGGGCAGUUUGUGUUUUACAUUUUUGUCACACAUAAUUUAAAACAUUGAAUGCACUGAUUGUUUUAGGUUUGCGUGUAUGUGUAUAUGUGUAUGUUUGUGUGUGAGAGGUAUAGUGAGGAAUUAUGCAAAUAUGCUGUAUUUACAGAGUCUAAACAACAGGGGGCAGUCACACAUCAUGUCUAUCAUGUGUCUCGAGUACGAAUUGAAGAUUACCUUUGCUUUUUUUCUAUCCUUUGAAUCUGUAAAACUAUAAAAGACUGUCAGUGGAAUGGGAAUAUUCAGAUGUGACAUUUACGUUACAAACUCUGUUGCCUUAAUCUACUUUGUCACAUCACUGCAAUGUGUAUAUUUUUGUAAUAGUCUAAUGUAAAUCUGUGGUAAUCAAGCUUUUCAAAUGUUGCAUCUUGGUUCAUCUCAUUUUGAACUGCACAUUGUGAUACAUGCUGCACAUUUAUGGUCUGAAGUCUUUGUAUUUAAUUGUCUGAAACACAGACGCAUCACAGCCUGUAUGUCUUAUUUUAGCGCAUGAGAAAUGUUCACAUUUGUCAGCAAAUAAUAGAGCAUUGUUUCUAUAUUUAGCACAAGUGUUGCUAUUUGAUCUGUUAAGGCAGCGUUGAGUUUCAUUAGGUUUCACACUUCUGCAGAAAAUGCGUGAAAUGUUUUCUCAUGUGCUGGAAUGAAGACUUGAGAAGAAUGUAUUUGAUAAUUAUUCUGGAACUCUUAAAUGUCUGUGGCCACAAACAAAAACCUCAUGGUUUAUGUAAUUUAAAUCAUGAAGUGUAUUUACAUUUCUCUGUUUAAUUAAAUUGAAAUGGCUUAAUGAUCCGAGUCAUGAAUUUAAAGCAAAUUAAUAUGGCUGGAUACUGUUAUGUAAUUAGAUUAGCAGGUAUGUGUUUAUUUAAUGCGUAAUCCAUUUGUACUAUGCUCUCUUUUCCUUUUCUAUUUGCUGUAUAAACAACUAAAGGAAGAAGUAUUCCAUAAUUUGAAAAUUAAAUUUCAGGGCUUAUUCAUCGCUCCUUAAUAUCCCUCUACUUUCUAAUUACCAUUAUUGCAGCGGGUUUAUUGGGACUAAUCCAUUCAAAUCGUGUUACGGACCAAUUUCCCAUAUUGCAUUUGGAGGCUUUCUCCAUCAGACAGGUGCACGAUCUGACUUCUUAAAAAAUAAGCAAAGCCGGGUGCUUUUAGAGGGAUAAGAAAUUAUAAGAUCGGUGACGUUGUGGUCCGAGCUGAGCUGAGUCCGCGGGUUUCUGGCCUCACAGUCGAUCCCCCCCAAAGCAGCACUUCAUGUGGGCACCAUGGACAGCAACAGCACGCCGUUGAGCUCCGGCUCUCCCACUCCGUCCAUCCACGCCGAGAUGGUGACCAUCACGCCCACCAUCUUCCCUCGGGUGGGCUACAGCAUUCUCUCCUUCCUCAUGUUCAUCAACACAGUGUUGACAGUCUUUAACAACGUGCUCGUCAUCACCGUGUUGCUGAGGAACCCGUCGCUCCUGCAGCCCAUGAACGUGUUCAUCCUCAGCCUCGCGGUGUCUGACCUCAUGAUCGGCCUCUGCGGCUCCCUGAUCGUCACCAUCACCAACUACCAAGGCUCCUUCUUUAUCGGCCACGCGGCCUGCGUCUUUCAGGGAUUUGCUGUCAAUUAUUUUGGUCUGGUGUCACUCUGCACUUUGACCCUGCUUGCCUACGAGCGCUACAACGUGGUGUGUAGACCGAGAAACAGCCUAAAGUUGAGCAUGCGGAGAAGCAUCAUCGGGCUGCUUAUUGUCUGGAUCUUCUGCUUGUUUUGGGCGGUGGCUCCGUUAUUCGGCUGGAGCUCCUACGGACCCGAGGGAGUCCAGACCUCCUGCUCUCUGGCCUGGGAAGAGAGAUCGUGGAGCAACUACAGCUACCUCAUCCUCUACACGCUGCUCUGCUUCAUUUUACCUGUGGCAGUCAUCAUCUACUGCUAUUCCAAAGUGCUCACAUCCAUGAAUAAGCUGAACAGGAGUGUGGAGCUCCAGGGUGGGCGUUCCAGCCAGAAGGAGAAUGAUCACGCCAUCAGUAUGGUCCUCUCCAUGAUCAUUGCUUUUUUUGUCUGCUGGCUGCCCUACACGGCUUUGUCGGUGGUGGUUGUCGUGGAUCCGGCACUCUACAUCCCUCCACUGGUCGCCACGAUGCCCAUGUACUUUGCCAAGACCAGCCCCGUCUAUAACCCCAUCAUCUACUUCCUUUCCAACAAGCAGUUCCGUGAUGCCGCUCUGGAGAUGCUGUCGUGCGGCCGCUACAUUUCCCACAUGCCCAACACUGUCAGCAUCGGCAUGCGCUCCUUGAACAGGAGGAGCCGGCUGACUUCCUUAAGCAGGAAUGUCAACUUGCACAGCAAGGUGUUGCCUCUGUGACCUUCUCCAGCAGAAAACACACUGUCAGUGUUUAUCGGUGCCUCAUUAAGGAUGCAGACCUGCACACCUACAGACCCAUGUAUCUCAAAGAGGUCUUCACCACAGCCCAGUGGGAACAGAACCAGCUCAGUAACUGAUAGCUGAUUUUAAAGCAGGUGGACUAAACAAAUGGAAAAGCUUAUGAAACACGUUAAUGCGAUCCCAUCCAAUCCACCCGAAUACUGCUUAUUUUGUUCACUUGUUAGGUGAUAAAAGACAUGAGUUGUUUCAUGUGAAAUUAAAUGGUUUUGGUAUUUUAUUAAAUUGUAUUACAUUGCAAGGUGUUCCUGUACUUAUUGUCCCAUUUUUUUCUCUUCUCUUUUUUCCUGUGAUUUGUUUAGACCAGUAAAUUGUUUUCCUAUUUCAUACUGAUGUUUGCUGGUGUGUACUGUAUGCAUGUGGGUAAACAGCCAAAAAAAGAAGAUCUUGAAUUUUUAACAUGACUAGGGAAGUCAAUUACAGCCUGGCUGCAGAGAGAGAGAGAGAGAGUGAGGAAGUGAAACC